GACCAGUGUUGUAAAGGGCUCCGACCACAACGUGCCGAAUAUAAACAACAUCAAAAUAUUUAAAUAUAAUGGGAUUCCGUGUUUUGGAACUGUUCAGCGGCAUUGGGGGCAUGCAUUAUGCCUUUAACUAUGCUGGGUUGGAGGGAACAAUUGUGGCCGCCAUGGAUGUCAACACAGUGGCCAAUGCGGUGUAUUCGUCCAACUUCCCAGGCACAGAUGUGAAGACAAGGAAUAUUCAAAGUCUCAGCGAGAAGGAGGUCAGAAAGUUGGGGGCCAACAUGCUGCUCAUGUCCCCGCCCUGUCAGCCGCACACCCGCCAGGGCCUGCAAAGAGACACGGAGGACAAGCGCUCGGAUGCACUCACCCAUUUGUGCACCCUCAUUCCGCAAUGCGAAACCCUACAGUAUGUGCUGAUGGAAAAUGUCAAGGGAUUCGAAUGCUCUCAGGCCAGAAAUCACUUCGUUGAAGCGUUGGAGACGGCUGGAUUCUUUUGGCGGGAGUUUAUACUGACGCCCACACAAUUUAAUGUGCCAAACACUCGCCAUCGCUACUACUGCAUUGCUCGCAAGACCGCAGACUUUGCCUUUGCUGGAGGCAAGAUCUGGGAGGAAAUGCCCGACAGAAAAGCAGCCGCCGAUCAGCCUGUAACAGUCAAAAUCUCCGACAUCAUUCAGGACAACGUGCCCUGUGACUUUAGUGUGCCUGACGAUGUUCUAGCCAAGCGUGUGAUGGUCAUGGACAUAAUACAUCCCACACAGAAUAGAUCCAUGUGCUUCACCAAAGGAUAUACGCACUACACCGAGGGCACGGGCUCGGUCUUUACACCGCUCCCUGCGGAGCAGUCCCAUCGUAUAUUUGAAUUAGUGAAAGAAAUUGACAAUAACAAUCCGGUUACCAGCAGUCCUGAGGAUGUGCGGCUGCAGCGUUCGGAGCUCCUACGACAAUUAUACCUGCGCUACUUCACGCCUCGGGAAGUGGCACGCCUGAUGAGUUUUCCCGAAGACUUUGGCAAUGCACCUGAAACGACAAAUCGACAAAUGUACCGGCUGCUCGGCAACAGCAUUAAUGUUAAAGUUGUUGGUGAAUUGAUUAAACUGUUGACCGCAACAGAACAGUAGAACAAAAAAAGAAUAUUUUCUAAUAGUUGUCGCAUGGGUCGAAA